CGACAGUGCCGAAUCUGCCGAUGUGAAGUAGCGGACAUCUUUUCUGUUCUCACAUGUCCUUCACAUCCUGAGCUCUGACAGCAAAGCAUCUUAUUGUAUUGUAAAUAUGGCAGCUCAGGUCACUGAAUCAGACCAGAUCAAACAGUUCAAAGAAUUUCUGGGAACCUACAAUAAACUGACAGAAAACUGCUUCAUGGAUUGUGUUAAAGAUUUCACUACAAGAGAGGUCAAGCCAGAGGAGACUUCAUGUUCUGAGAGCUGCUUACAGAAGUACCUGAAGAUGACACAGAGGAUCUCCAUGCGCUUUCAGGAAUAUCACAUCCAGCAGAAUGAAGCAUUGGCCGCUAAAGCUGGUUUGUUAGGACAGCCACGAUAAUCAUCUACCGCUGGACUGAACUCCAGACCAUUACGCCAGGCUCUCUCUAUUCCAGGAUGGAGCAGGGCUCUCCACGCUGGAGCAGCAGAGCAGAAGACGCAGGCACUGGGAAUAGUGUGAGACGUCCUCUAACGUCUGCUGGCUCUUCAGAUCGUUGGGAAUUUUGGUUUUUUGAAAGACAGACACUGUCGUUUUGACCAUAAUGCUGGUCUUCCGUAAAACACAAAGGAUCUUGAUUGUUUUUAUGUUAGCGUGCUACAGAAUAAAAUACUAGUCAACUCUAA